AACCGAACCCGGGCGGAGCCGAACCGAAAGCUUCCCCAAACACACCGCGAAGCGCACCAAAUCCGACCGAAAAAUCGUACGACUCCAUCCCGCCCCGCCUCCAUGAGCUUCUCGUCCAUGAGCAAGCAGCAGGUGCUGGACGCCGGAGAGGGGGCGGGGGAAGAGGUCGAGGAGCUGAUCCCCGGCCUGCCGGAGGAGGUGGCCGAGAAGUGCCUCCUCCACCUGCCCUUCCUCUACCACCGCCUCUUCCGCACCGUCUCCUCAACCUGGAACCGCUUCCUCACCGACACGCCGGCCAAGCCUCUGCUCUUCCCGGCGGGGGCGGGGGCUGUGUCGUUCUCGCUGCCGUUCCUCUUCGCCUUCGCCUUCGACCCUGUUUCUCGGCGACUCCAGUGCCAGGCGCUCGAUCCUUUCUCGAGGAGGUGGCUCAUGCUGCCGCCGGUGCCCGGCGGCGCCGCGGCAGGGUCGUUCGCGGUGGUGGGGCUCCCCCGCCGCGGCGAGAUCUACGUGAUUGGGGGCGUCGAGGAGGGCGGCGAGAAGGCGGUCGGGAGCGUGGCGGUGUACAGUGCCGCGAGGAACGGGUGGGAGGAGGCGGCGGCGAUGCGGACGCCCAGAGGGUACAUGGCGGCCGGGGAGGUGGGAGGGCGGGUGGUGGUGGCCGGGGAGGACGGGGAGGCGGAGGUGUUCGACCCGGAGGAGGGGCGGUGGGCGCCGGCGGCGGCGCGCAGGGGCGCGGCGGUGGCGCGAUACGACGCCGCGGCGGCCGGUGGCAAGCUGUACGUGACGGAGGGGUGGGCGUGGCCGUUCGAGCGCGCGCCGCGGGGCGCGGUGUACGACGCGACGUCUGACGCGUGGGGCGAGAUGGCGCGCGGGAUGCGGGAGGGGUGGACGGGCUCCUGCGCCGUCGCCGGCGGGCGGAUGUACAUCGUGGCGGAGUACGGGGAGUGGAGGCUGAAGCGGUACGAGGAGGCGCGGGACGAGUGGAGAAUGGUGGCCGGCAGCGGGGUGCCCACCGAGGUGCGACGGCCGCACGUUGUCGCCGGUGAGGUGGGGGAGUUCGCCGGCGGGAGGCGGAGGAUAUACGUGGUUGGCGCCGGGCUGGACGUCGCCGUGGGGACGGUGUCCGCCGCCCCCGGCGUCCACGGCGGCGAGGAGGAGAUGGUGGAGUGGGAGGUGGUGAAGGGCCCCGCCGAGUUCGCCGGGCUCGCGCCGUGCAACGCGCAGGUCCUCUACGCCUGAGGCGCGCCGGGCGCGCUGGUCGGUGGAACGUCUGCGUCGCCGGCCGGAGAAGCUACGGUUCAGUUCAGUUGGCGCACCCACGGGCGCACUUGCCGGUGCCGCGUCAUCUAUCCGGCGAGGUGCCAUGCUGGCCCACCUGCCAGUGACACGUGACGCCUCCACUGGCUCUGCGGCAGGACUGUGUGACUCGCUGCUGGAAACCCAGAUGGAUUUUUUCAAAGGAAAAAAAGAAACCCAGAUGGAUUUUUUCGAAGGAAAAAAAAGAAACCCAAAUGGAUUUUUCGAAGGAAAAAAAAGAAAUCCAGAUGGGCGAGCGCAUGGUCGCUGCCCGCUCACGCAGACUUGCCACGUGGGACCAGUCUGUCAGCGACCUGUACUGGAGGGGCUCAAUGGUCUUUGCCGCCAAUUGUCCUCUACUGGUUCUGCUCACUUCCGAGAGGAGAGCAGGGGUGCUAGUAGAAGUAAUACUGCCAGUAGAUUUGUAUUUAUUUUGAGGUUUUGCUUGUAUCUCCUCUCUCA